AACCUGCAGAUAGAUUACGACAAGCAGACAGAGCAACUGGAUAAGGAGAGAGAGAAGGUGGAGGCGGCGGAGAGACAGAUUGCUGAGCUGACCAAACGACUCAGCAGUGCUGUCACACAGAUGGAGACACUGAGCAGUGAGAAGGAGGACCUACUGGCCGGUAUGGAGACCGUGAGGAGCGCAGUGAGGCAGCUGGAGACCAAGAACCAGGAGCUGCAAAGACAGUCAGCAAGUCUGGAUAAAGAGCUGCUGGCUGAGAAAGCUAUAAAAGAACAAAAGCUGAAGGACUUGUCAUCUGCCAUGAAGGAAGUAGAAGAGCUGACAGCUCAGCUCCGCAAGCAGCAGCAACAGUCUCAGCAGACUGCCCAGGAGCUGGAGCAGCUACGCAAGGAAGCACAGCAGAGCUCUCUGCUGGACAUGGAGAUGGCUGACUACGAACGCCUUGUAAAGGAGCUCAACGCCAAGCUCUCCGAGAAAGACGAGUGUGCUGAGGAGCUAAAGACUCAGAUAAACACGCUCAGCCAGAAGGAGGAAACCCUUAAAGAGGAAAUUGAGGCUUUGAAGUCCCAGAUGGACCAGAGGGAGGAGAAGACCUCUAAGAUGAAACAGCUGCUGGUGAAAACCAAAAAGGACCUGGCCGACUCCAAGAAACAGGAAAGCUCCCUCAUGAUGCUGCAGGCCUCUCUGAAAGGAGAGCUGGAGGCUCACCAGCAGCAGCUAGAGAAUUCUAAGAUUGAGGUGUCUGAGCUGACAGCAGAGCGCCAACGUCUGCAGGAGCAGCUGAGGUCUGCGUUGGAACAGCAACAAAGAACCAGCAGCUCCCUGCAGCAACGCAUCCACAGUCUGCAGCAGGAGAGAGACACCGCCAAGGAUGAGCUCGUGGCCACAACAGGCGAGUUCGAGAGUUACAAGGUGCGAGUCCACAAUGUGCUCAAACAGCAGAAGAGCAAAACCACCACCCAAAGUGAGGGAGACGCUGGUAAACUAGAGAGGGAGCAGCUGUCCUCUCAGGUAGAGCAGCUGAGGACCAGGCUGGCAGAGAGCCAGCAGAGUCUUCAGAGCAGCACCGCAGAGCUGCAGCAGCUCCAGACCGAACACGACACCCUGCUGGAGAGACACAACAAAAUCCUCCAGGAAACCGUCAGCAAAGAGGCUGAGCUCCGUGAGAGGCUUUUGUCAUUGCAGUCAGACAACGUGGCCUUGCGGUCGGACCUGUCCCAGGCUCAGGCCGACUUGUCCUCCCAAGUGGAGACCCAGCGUCAGACCUACAGGGAGCAGCUGAGGAAGCUGCAGGAUGACCACCGGGCCACGGUGGAGACCCUGCAGGGCCAGCUGACCCGGGUUGAGGAGCAGCUCUUCAACCUGCAGAGCCAGAACAGUUCGGUGGCGGUCCAGUCCAGCCGUAAGCCCCUCGCAUCAGACCCCCAGCGCAGAAACACAGACCAGAACCCGGUCGGUUUGGGACUUGUGGCCCUCAGCGAUCUCCAGUCGAUGGCCAGGGAGGAGGGUGAAGGCAUGGAGACCACUGAGACCGAGAGCUCCUCCCCUGCUCUCACACCCCUCCCCUCUCUGGAGCAGCUCCUCACAUCCCCAGACCCCAAACAAGAGCCGUUUGUUUGGACAGUGGAGCCAACCAAAGAAGAGCUGAGUGAAAAGCUGAGCACAGCCACCCGCAGCAUGGAGCACAUGAACAGCCUGCUGCAUGAAACUGAGGCCACCAACGCUGUUCUCAUGGAGCAAAUCACCCUGCUGAAGAGUGAAGUGCGUCGCCUCGAGAGAAACCAGGAGAGGGAGAAAAGUGUGGCCAAUCUGGAGUACCUGAAGAACGUCCUGCUGCAGUUCAUCUUCCUGCGAUCGGGCAGCGAGAGGCAGGCGCUGCUGCCCGUCAUUCACACCAUGCUGCAGCUCAGUCCGGAGGAGAAAAGCAAACUGGCUGCCAUUGCACAAGGUGAGGAAGAAGGGGCCGGGGCUCGGGGCUCAGGCUGGACCUCCUACCUCCACAGCUGGUCUGGGAUCAGAUAGACGUGAUGACCAAGCUGAUCAACAAAGACACUGGGAGCACAGCGCAGCGGCGACAUUACUGGGCCUUUUUUCUGUGAAAUCCUGUUCUAAACGGUGACGAUGCACAUUUAAAGCGGGGGCGACUGACGGGGUAACCGGGACACUUUGGGGACGCAGUAGACGGGACCAAGGAAUGUAUCAGAGAAGAACGAGUGUGUGGUAGAGAUGAGGGAAACCAAAACAUUCGACGUGUGUGUUGAUUUGAUUUUGCAGUGCAAUAGAUGCGUUAGUCUCUUACCGAUGAAUGUGACAAGUUUCUGUUUUCCGUAAGCUUACUGUUGACAUGUAUUUAUAUUGACAUUUACUGGACGGCUGCUCUUAUUAAGGCAUUAUAAAGCACCAUUAAUCCACAGGAUGGGCACAAAUUGUGAGUGGAGGAAUUAAUCAAAGGAUAAAUGUGUACUGGCAUUAUACUACUUGAAUAUUAGAUGUUUAAUUACUUUGCAGGAGGAUUUUUCUUGGACUUCUGUUGGGCCUGUAGCACACUCCUUGAUUCUAGUGUUUUUGGUACAAAUCACAUCUUUCCAUCUUUUUUCAAAGGAAUGCUUCAGUACGUGGACCGCUCAAUGUGAUUUUACCACCUUAAAGGCAGCAGGACACAGAGCUAGAGAUUAAAAAACGUUUAAAUGUCUUUGCAGCAGUAAUGUUAAAGUUUAGCUGAUGGACUGAAACAGGCUAAAGCACCGGUCCGGUCCACGUAAGCCUUUCUGGAGGGUUCCACAGACCAACACUGAUCACAUUAAUGUAUUUAUGUGUUUUCUGACUGAAGGUUUUACUGAUACCUCACACUCUUAAAUCAAAAGUAGCAUCAGUUUUCCUUCACGGAGCCAUCAUGGCUCGUAGCGGCGGGUGGUUUGUGACUCUGCUCUGGCUCUGUCUGUGUCGUUACUGUAAUAUCCUGUUUUUAUUUUAAUGAUGUCUAUUUUGGGAGUUGUUUUUGUUGGUUGUUGUGCUGCAGUUUAAUCACGGAGCGAUUUGUCGUGACUCCAUCUGCAGGAAGCACAUCUGCCCUGCUCAAGUGUCCCUGAGCAAGACUUCCUAUCGUGGAUUUUAUUUAUCCGACCGUAACCUCUGACCUUCCUGUGGAGGCGGAGAAAAGACAGUUCCUCCCCUUCUCCCUCUAAAACACAUAUUUACUUCCAUUACAUUAAUACAUUUUGUUCUUGACUCAAGAUAGUCGGCCAGUUAAUUUUAUCAUUCCAGUGGCAGCUUUUUGUGAUUUAUUCCACACAAGUGAAUGUAUUUUUAUCCCCCUGCUUUUAUAUUUAUGACAGCUAACGCCAGCUGAAGCUACAAGAGAUUACCAUCACGAUAAAAUAUUACCUGCUAGAUUUAAGUCAUGUUUGUCGGUUAAUCUUUUUCCUGAUUUAUUUCCAACUUUAAGCAAAAAAAUUCCCCUUACAUUGCGUUCAGUCCUGCUUAUUAUCUAAUUCUGUUGCAUUUUGAUGUGAAACUUUCAAUAAUCAGCUUCACUGGAGAAACAGAAAUGUGCUGCAGCUGUUUGGUUAUACAGGUUAAAUACACUUUUAUCGUGACAAAGUGAACACACAAGUACAAUAAAGAGGGAUUACAAGAUCAAGCCCAGUGAAGCGUUAAUGUUUCCUGUUUCCAGACUGGUUCAGCUUUUUUUUUUUUGUUGCUGGAUAUUUGAACAGAUGCAUCACUGGUCUCCUUCCCUUGUUGCUAUGAAAGUCUCCAUGGCUGCUGAAGGAGGGGAGAGGGGUUUGGGGGCUUUCCUUUUAAGGAAGUAAAUGUGCUUCUAGUAUCAUGACGCAGAGUCUGGGGAGGAAAUAUCAGCUACUGUAUCUGUCACUGGACCUGAAGGUAAACAUGCUAUUAUCCUCCUGGAGCAGCACUGUCAUUACCCUCCUGCUGUCAUCUGAUGCCUUCUGUAACUCCUGCUUUCAUCCUGUCAUUAUUCAGUUUCUUGCAGAGUGUAAGUAGCAGUAGAUGAACUCUGUUGUCCAUCAGGUGUGUCUGUAACAAGCCUCUGGAUGAAUAAAAAGGAAAACAAAUCA